GGCUGCAACUGCUGUGUAGCUUGCAGUCGACAGCUCGGCGAUAUUUGUGAUCGGAAUAAUCAGUGCGAUCAAGUUAAGGGUUAUUUUUGCAGUUUCAUUCUCGAUGGUGGAGCCAGAGGUGUUUGUCGCUCAAACAAAAGUCGUGGCUGUAAAGUAGGCUCUGCUUGGUACGAAGAUGGCAUGCACUUCAACCUGAACUGCAGUCGCGUGUGUAGCUGUCAGGACGGCCACUACGUCUGCUCUUCUCUGUGUCCGUCGGAGGAUAUCCUUCCAUCUUCUCAACACUGCCCGCAUCCACAACUUGUCCCCGUGACUAACAGGUGUUGUCGCGAGUGGAUUUGUUACCACGGUGACCAGGGAGAGAGUAGAAGAGGUGAAGGUCCCCAGCCAACAAACUGUUCACUAGAAUCCACAACAUCAUCAUCGUCGUCGUCGUCAACAACAACAACAACAAUGAGAACAACAAUGGAAUGGACAGGUUGUUCAUUAACUUGUGGAGUGGGCUGGAGCGAGAGAAAGGUCUUCAUCGGAGGAAAGACAUGUCAACAAUAUGUGAUCGAGAAGAGAUUGUGUCUUAUAAGGCCUUGUGAUCUUAAUGAUAAACAUCUGGAAGGCAAGGAAUGCAAAAAUACUUGGAGGCAGGAUUCUCCCAUACGCUACAAACACAACAACUGCAUCAGCGUUAAGGAUUUCAAACCUAAGUAUUGUAGUACGUGCAAGAAGCAUAGAUGCUGUCUACCCGAUCAAACUAAGACAUUAACCGUGGAUUUCAACUGCAAUCUCAACAACAACGACAACAACAACAACAACAACAACUACUACAACAACUACAACAACAAUAACAACAACAACAACAACAAUAAUAAUAAUAAUAGCACGACGACUACUAUCAACAUGCUGAUCAUGUGGGUAAAGAGCUGCAAAUGCAAAGAGGCGUUUUGCGCCAAAUCAUAA